UGCAUUUUGAUUUGUGAAUGUGCUGAGGAUUCAGAGGGACUUGUCAAUACUGCUCUGUUGAAUGGUUGUGCUUAUUUAGCAUUGCCGUUUCUUGUAAAGAAGCAAGAUCCACCAUUCACGAGCUGGGACUCUUUUUUUUUAAGUCAACUAGCUCUCCAUCCUACUUCCUCUCAUUGCUAGAUUGACCAGAGAUUGAACGUCCAUAGGCUAUCACCCUGCUCACUGCAAAAAGGCUUUAUUUUAAGGCAAGUGAGACUGCUUCAAAUAAAACAACUCCAAGCUUCCAAGAAACAGUUAAGAGAAGGCAGAGAUCAGCAGAAACACCUCUCCGCUGACACACGGUUGCCAUGGACCUACAUAAGCAGUGGGAGAACACAGAGACUGACUGGCACAAAGAAAAGAUGGAAUUACUGGACCAGUUUGACAAUGAAAGGAAGGAAUGGGAAAGUCAAUGGAAGAUCAUGCAGAAGAAGAUAGAAGAGCUUUGCCAAGAAGUAAAGCUCUGGAGGAAAAUCAACAUGCAUGAACAUGCUAAGACCACUGAUGUUGACGCUGAGAAGGCUAUUCAAGACAAAAUGGCAGAAUCUUCUCCACUUUACCCCACUUCAGGACAAUGUGAUUUUACAGGAAUGAAUCACAUGCUCGGUCUGGAAAAAGAAUUUAAAACACAGCAGAACUUACUCAGUAAAGGAAAUCAAGUGUGUAAGGAGCAAAAAGCAACAAAAAAAACACAAGUAGGGUUUAUGGAUCCUUCAGCCACAACCAACCUAAAGGAAUGUGAGGCCUGUCCUGACCUGAGGAUUUCUGAGAAAGCGAGCAAGAACUGCUCUGGCGUCCUCAACGCAGCCCUUGAAGAACUUGCCAAGGUUAGUGAAGAAUUAUGCAGCUUUCAAGAAGAAAUUCGAAAGCAAUCUAACCACAGAAGGAUGAAGUCAGAUUCCUUCCUCCAGGAAAUGCCAAAUAUAAUUAAUGUGCCUCAUGGGGAACACAUGAUAAACAGUGACCUGUGCAUUCUUCCAAUCAAUUUAGAAAAAGAAAAACAGAAAAGUAGAAAGAAUAUGAGCUGCACAGAUGCACUGCAAAGCAGUUCUCUGAAAAAUGAUUUGCAAAGAAACGAAGCUCCACCAGUUCCUCCUCCAAGAAGCACAUCUCGAAAUUUCCCCAGCUCAUAUUCUGAAGGUAUCCACGCCCAUGAAGGGUGGAAAGAAAGUUUCGACAACAACAUCUGGUUGGCCCACAAGGGUGAAGGUGAAAGGAACUGCAAUCCUCAUUUCCUUUUGAGGCAGCGUCAGAAUCCUGUAUUGUGUCCACAUGAAGGGAGGACUUUGAAUGAGGGUAUCAUAUUUUCCUCUUUGGCAACAGCAGCCAAAAUAGAUAGCAAGCCUCCAUCUAGUGAAGAUUCUGGACUUAGCAUGGGCUCAUGCAACACUGGGAUAGAUGCAAAAACUAGCCCCUCUACAUUGCAGUUUCAGAAAACCUGCUCUAGCCCCAGUAAGCCAAAAUUGGAAAAGGUGGUCCCAGAUCACCAUGCCAAAUCUCAUCCUGAUCUUCAUGUCAACAAUGACUGUAGCUCCACGGUGACAAGGAGUGGUGGCCCACUUCCAAGUGUCAGUUACAGGUUUGAAAGAAUCACCAGGAAUGAAAAGCUGGCAGCAAAGAGUGAUGAAUUUAACAGGACUGUUUUCAGGACAGACAGAAAUUGUCAUGCAAUACAGCAGAUUCAGAGCUACUCAGAGUCAUCUGAAGAGCCUAAAUCCUGUGAUACCUUAAUUACCUGUACAGGUAAAAUACCAGAAAAUGACAAUAUGCCUGCUGUUCUGAAAACCAGUGCCCAUGUACCUGUGCCCACAGAAAAUAUGCCUGAUAAUCCCACCAGUAAGUUCACAGCAGGCCUCGUCAGGCAGAUGCAGGAACACCUGAGUCCUAGCAGUUACUGGAAUAUGCUCCAUGAGCACCGCUGGAGACCAAGUAACUUGUCUGACCGUCCAAGGUCAGCUGAUCCCAGGUCAAAUUAUGGUGUUGUGGAAAAGCUUCUGAAAACCUAUGAGACAUCCACAGGGUCUGCACUGCAAAAUUCUAACUGCUUCCAGGAUAAUUGGAACAAAUAUAAUUCUGAUGUCAGUGGUGGGCCCACAUUACAUCAGCAUUUAGAAAUGCUCCACAUGGAACAGGAGCUUGAGCAAAAGACAGCGAUGUGGGGGGGACAAGUGAAGCAAGGAAUAGACCAGAAAAAGAAAACAGAGGAACCCAUGGCAGUGAAAUCUUCCCUUGGAAAAGGAUUUUCCCGACCUGCUAGGCCAGCAAAUCGCCGUCUCCCGUCCAGAUGGGCCUCCAGAUCUCCGUCGGCGCCCCCUGCCUUGCAGAGAACUGCCCACAGUUACUCCAGUGCUCUGCACCCUGAAGCGUCGAGGGUCUGAGACUCUGGCCUGGAUUGCUGGACCCAGUUGCCAGACAGAGUAUCUGAGUGUUUACAGCCAGUCCUGUUCUCCUCUGUGUCUUUCCAGGUCCCUGGGACAAGCAAGUUAAAUCUUAACUUUCCAUCAGUCUUCAGUGUUUUUAAUCUACAGAAUAAUUAUCUUCCCAUAUUUUGAUUUUUUUGAUCAAAAUUUUUAAUGCCAUCCUCAUUAAUUUGCCAGUGUGAUAUAAGUUGAAACAAUGUACAAUACUGUAUAUUCUAACUUUCUUGCAAAUGGCAAAAAGCAAGGUUAUGUGCAUGGUCAUGUGUUUGUAGGUGCAUGUGUUGAAAUAGGGAGUACACAGUAUGUAUUUAGAUGAGAAAAAUGUAUGUGCUAGUGUUGACUUUGAAAUUAUAACAUGUAUACCUAUAUAUUCUUUGUGUUUAUUUUAAAAAUUUGAAAAAUAUACAGUACUAUUUAUAUUUUGUAUACCUUUUAAUAGGUAUCUGCUUAAAGCAUUUGAAGUACCUGUAUUAACUAACCAGUCCCUUGGCCCCAACUACACGGGAAAAAUAAGUAUACUCUUAUCCUACAUUUAUGGAUUUCUAAAUACAGCUCAUAGUUUCUUAACUCAUAUAAGGUAUACUAAUACCAUUGAUCUCCUUCAAUUCCCUUUUAAAUAAAAAUGUCACAGUUUUAACAGAUCGACCUUCUAAGCAAACAUAAAAUGUUCACAGAUGCUUUUAAUAUAUCUCUGGUGUUUAUAAUGACUUUAAUUUUAUACUUGAUCCUCAGAGCUGGUAUAAGACUACCUUAUAAAUGACAUGAGUAAAUAAUGUUUUGUCGACGUCAGUAACAACCAUUCUUUAAAUGGGAUACACAAAGAAAUUAAAUUAUGUUGAAUUCUACUUUUUUGUGUUAAACUUAUAGUAAGCUUUUAGUUGAGUUGCUUUUUCUGGAGUCAUACAUAUUUAGAGGUGAGUCAUUCACUUUUUCCUUUUUCUAAACUUUUCCCUAAAAUUAUUAGCUAAAAUACUACUUCACUUUUCUGUUAACAAUAUGAACAGAAAUAUUUCAUUGAAAACUGAAUUAUAAUAUCUUUCUUAUAGUGUGCUACAUUUAAAAAAAAAAAGCCUUAAUCUAAACUUUGGCAUUUGUGACUGGCAUAAGGGACAGAAACAUAUUUUGGCCACAACUUGCAUACAGUGAACACAUAAAAUCUAUAUUGAGAACUGAGAGAUACGAGUGUUGAAGUGCCUGGAAUUCUACAUGGAAGAUCUUAGAAGCAACUUUGCUCUCCACUGACUGUAUAUUAAAAAAACCAGAUAUAUUGUUAGAUAGAUUUUAAUUCUAUUUAAGCUUUUCUUUUGCUACCAAAGAUGGUUAAAGAAUUUUUAUGCCAAAACUAUUCAAAGACCCUUCUCCUAAUGAAGGAAGAAGGUAUUCACUUAGAGAAACUCAUUUCAUUAUAUACUGUGACUUGAGGUAAAGUAAAUGAAUUUUAAAAUUCCAGUCUGCCUUAAAAGGCUGAAGACUGUAGCAUGGUAGUAAUUUGUGUCAUACUUUCUUAUUAAUAAGGAGUGUUUCAGGAGGUAAGUUGAAUUAACUUCUAAAAUGUGAGGUUCAAUGGAUGGUAAGAACUGUAGACCCACUUUUAAUUCUUGUUUCUUUCAGGACUUUCAUUUUCCACGGGAAGACUAUCAAGCAAAAAUAACCCAGACACCAAGUGAUGUCACUCUUCAUCUAGUUCAACCCCUUGAUGUUAAAGAUGGAGAAGAAGUUAAAAUAGAGAUCACUUGAAUGUUCUCUGUUUGAAAAUAUUUUAUGGUUUUUAGGAAAUAAACCUACCAGGUAAGUGGAAAUUAUCCUUAAAAAUAUUUUUGAUGUAUUGUGAUUUUUAACUGAUAAUUUUUUUACUUUGGAUGGGCAUUUUUCUUUCAACAGCAUACACUUAGAUAUGCCAUUAUUACUGGAUUUAAGGGUUUAUAAACAUUUCCAGAUAUAUUUGAAUAGUAACACAUUUGUCAAUACAUGGAUGUUUUCCCUAGCUGAGAGACUGGGGAACAAUCUUAGAUUAUUUCAACAGGGGAUUACAAACAUUAUGGGAUUAGCUCAGAAAGGGAUGAGAAUGAGGCUCAGAAAAGAGAGCAUAAGUUCUCUGUGUGCGUGUGUGUGUGUGUGUGCAUCCCUUGCAUGAGUUCUCUAUAUUGCCUUAUAUCCCAAAGCCAAAUAUAAAAAUCUAAAUGUUGCUUUGUGUAAAUUCACUUUAUCAAAAAGUGUCCACAACUUUUAUCUAGUUUUACAUAGAUAGUGAACAUGACCGUAUUUCGUUUUGCAGAUAUUGCCACAAAACACGGUUUACUCCUACAUGGGGAAUUUAACCAGGUUCCAUGUCAUCCUGUGAAAACAUCUGGACCUAAAAUUGAGAAGCUUCCCUACAAAGAUUUUAAAAAUUUUCUUUAGGCACCAUUGCUGAUAAACAACUAUUUGAUCUCCUUCAUCCGUUAGAAGCUAUCAAAUAAAGUAGGUGUAGAAACA